AUGCCGAAAGAUAAGCUCAGGCCAUAUGGCUCCUGGACUCUUGGACGCCUGGUGAAGUUGCAACCAUUCCCUUGCGACAUGUGGCAGCUGCUGGUUCUACUGCUGCUUCUGGCAAACACAGCAGCAAGUGAGCUGAACCAGAUACUGGACUCCAUCUAUGCGGAUCUGCCCUUUGAGACGCUUUUGAUGCUGCGACACAGCCGAAGCAGCCAGGCAGAGGAGCCGGAUGGGCGGUGGGCCUGGGCCUGGGCCUGGUCCUGGCCUGUCCUAAGCUUCGAUGAGCAAGUGGAUUGCUAUCUGAGUGGCAGCUACAACAACGAGAUGCUGGCCCUGGUCUGGCUGAGUGGCGACAACAAUGAAAUGAACAUGGAGCUGUGGCAGGCAUUGGACAGGAAUCUCCUGAAUAUGAGGCAUGUCAGGCUGCUGCUGGUGCUGCAAACGGAGCAAGGACAGCCACUUCAGCAAAUUGCAGCCACCGCAGAGCCCCUGAGAUUUCUUCAUGUGGCUGUCCUGAGUGCCAAAGGUACGGUAUAUCGCCUGCAGCCUUAUGCCCAGCAGCAUUGGCGAGAGAUAGAUGCCAGAAGAGAACCCAUCUUUGGCAACAUUCGGGACUAUCAGGGCAGGGCCAUAGUGACGCUGCCCGAUCAAUUUCCCCCACGUUCGCUGGUCUACCAGGAUCCCCACACCCUGGAACUCGGCCUGACGGGCUAUGUGUCCAAACUAGUGAUGGAGUUUGCCCGCAUCUACAACCUGACCAUCCAGUGGCAGCGUCCCGUUGUACCCGGCAAGCACAUGUCGCUGAUACUCCUAAGGAAUCUGACACUGAACGGCACCAUCAGCAUGCCCAUCAGCCUGUGCGGCUAUGAGGCGCCCAGCGAAUCGGGCGUCUUCUCGGUGCCCUACGAUCUGGAAAAGUGGUUCAUAAUGGUGCCCUGUGCAGAGGAGAUUUCGACAGCCGAUGUAUAUGGGAUCCUGUGUGGCAAGAAGUUUCUGGGCAUCCUGGCGGGCUUCUACUUCAUCUUUGCGCUGCUGGACACCUGCUUUGGCUGUCUGCUGCUGCAGCGAGGCAUCGACUGGUGCACACUCGCCUUCAACGAGCGCAUCAUAUCGGGAAUGAUUGGUCAGUCGUUCAAUAUGAGUGCCCACAACAUGAUCAGCUCCAGGGUCGCCCAUUCCCAGCUCUUUCUGCUCGGCCUUGUGCUGAGCACCCUCUUUGCGGCUCACCUGAAGACCCUGCUGACGAAGCGACCCCCCGACCGACAGAUUUCCAAUUUCCAGCAGCUGCGCGAUGCACCGGUGGACAUCUAUUUUGACGAGGCGGAGCACUUCUAUCUGGACACAUUCUGGGGCCCCCAUACCGUGGAGUUGAUACGCUCCAAGAUCAUAUAUCUGAGCACCGCGAAGUUCCAGGACAACAGGAAAACACUGAACAAGUCGCAGGCUUUCUCCGGGCUCGCCUCCGAGUGGCUCAUCAUGACCAAGCGGCAGGAGCAAUUCCAGCGGCCCGCCUUCUGCUCUAUGCCCGGCCUGAUUCUUGGCUCGCAGAUCAUCUUGUCGCUGCCCAUGCAGGCUAAUUCCAUCUUUGAGCGUCCACUCAAUCGGCUCAUACUAUGUGUUCAGUCGUCGGGACUUUUGGCAUACUGGAAACAGCAAACGCUGCACGAGAUGAUUUCAUUGGGUCUGAUACCUCAGGAUGAUCCCUUUCCCUAUGCGGCAUUUCAUGAGUUCAAGGUGGCUGACCUCACCUGGGUCUGGGUACUACUCGGCGCCUCUCUACUCCUUUCAUGGCUGAUAUUUAUUUGCGAGCAUUUAGUGGAUUUCCUGCAAAGGAAACGUAGAUGA